AUUUCUUCUCAGGGAAUUUCUCUGUGUUAUAAUCUACUCCCUUCCAAAUAUCCCAAACAGGACAUCUGACAGUCUGGCAGGACUUUGUAGAGGAGGGUAACAUGGUUAAGAGGAGACACUCAGAGGGUUAUGGUGGGUGAGUCAGAAAGGGAAAGCUGGAACUGCAAAGUCCUAGAGGGAGGUUGUAGGAAAGUUGGUUUCAAGUUACUGUCCUUUGGCAAACAGAACAGUUCAGUGUGGUAUUCAGAGUGUUGGCUUGGAACCUGCCCACCUACAAGCUUUGUGAUCCUGAGGAAGUUACAUAACUUGUCCAAGGCUCAACUUUCUUAUUUGUAAAAUGGGGAUCAUAAUAGUACUUACCUCAGUGGUUUGUUGUGUUAUAGGAAAUAAUGCCUGUGAAUGCACACCAGGCACUGGCCACAGGCCAACACGCAGCAAGACCAUUGUAAGUAACCAAGGCUGUCAUAAAACUCUCAAAUACUACUGCUGUGAGUACCAAGAGGGUAAACCAGCUGUAAGUACUACCCAACUGUAAGUUGUUACUCAUUUUAUGAUGUUAGGUUGGAGAGGUUGGAAAAAGUUGGAGGGUAUGACCUCGUCUUCACUAUGAGACACGCAUGAAGUAUAAGCAGAUAUGGACAAGGAAAUGGAGGUGGAGAAUGAUAGAGCUGGAGCCCCAGAAGAACCAAAAAUGAGGCCAGAGAAACAAGAAAAAGCCAAUCAAGAAAGUCCAUUGUUACAGGGUCUGACCAGCCACGUGACUCCCUUGGUCCCAGAAUUCUUGAACCCAGGAGGUAUCCAGGAGAAGGCCUUGGCUCAUCAGGUCAACAGCCUACAGCACAAGUCUGCAAAGGAGUCCAAAGCUCCGCAGCCCAAGGACUUAUUCCUGCCUGUAUGGGGUGGUAACAGCUUCAAUUUCUCAGCAAAAACCUUGCAACCUGAACAGGCUGUCAUCCCCAAUUUUUCAGCAAAAAUCAUCUCACCUAACCAGGCUGAUACCCCUAAUUCUUCAGAAAAAAAUAUCCCACUCAAGCAGGCUGACAUCUCACCCAAAGAGGGUAACACCCCCAGUUUUUUAGAAAAAAUCAUCCCCCCCAAGCAGCAUGAUACCUUCAAUUUCCCAGCAAAAACCAUCCCAUCCAAUCAGCCCGACACCCCCAAUUUUUCAGCAAAAACCAUCCCACCCAAGCAGGCUGACACCUCCUAUUCUUCAGAAAAAAUUAUCCCACCCAAGGAAGGUGAAAUCCCCAAAUCCUUGGAAAAAAACAUCCUGAGAAAGGAUGACACUACAUCUACUUCUUCAGAAAAAAACAUCCUGCGCAAGCAGAGUGACACCACCAAAUCACCAGCAAAAUCCAUCCUGCCUAAACAGGGCAGUAGCCCUAAGUUCUUAGCAAAAUCCAUCCUGCCCAAACAGGCCAACACCCCCAAGUUGCCAGCAAAAACUCUCCAGGCUAAGCAGAUCAAUAGCCCCAAGGUUUUAGCAAAAAGCAUCCUGCCCAAGCACGGCCAAACCUCCAAGUCCUCAGAAGAAAACAUACUGCCCAGAGAGGGUGACAUCAAGUCCUCAGAAGAUACCAUUCAGCCCAAGGAGGGUGACAUCCCCAAGUCCUCAAAAGAAAUCAUCCAGCCUGUAGAAGGCAAUGUCCUGAAGCCAUCAGGGACAAUGGAACUCCUGGAGGUGGACUUGGUGAAAGUGAUCCUGAACAAGGAGGACUUUGAGCUGGCGCUCAAGGAGGCCGGGGAGAGGCUGGUGGCCGUGGACUUCUCGGCCCCCUGGUGUGGGCCUUGCAGGACCAUCAAGCCCCUUUUCCAUUCCCUAUCCUUAAAGUAUGAGGAUGUGGUGUUCCUGGAAGUGGAUGCUGAUGAGUGUGAGGAGCUGGUAAAAGACCUGGAGAUCAUUUGUAUCCCAACCUUUCAGUUUUAUAAACAAGAAGAAAAGGUGGGAGAAUUUUGUGGCGCUGUUAAAGAAAAACUUGAGACAAUCAUUGCAGAAUUAAAGUAAUUGUGGCUCCUGAAAGCACCGUAAAUAGCUAGUCAUAGUUUGUGAUUUUAUUUACCAAAAAAGUUGAGGCGUAACCAAAAAUGUAUGUCGGAGUGACACCUGUUCAUAAAUUAUGAAGUAUUAACUUCACCUUUUCAAAAAGUAGUAAAGUACUAGGUCAUAUUGUGACCACGUAUUCAUUGGUAGGAAGUUGUGUUAUUAGAAUUUCCUUUGGUGGAGAUUAAGAGUCCACGCAUCUCCUAUUUUUUUUUAUCAUGAUUUGUUUUUGGAACUCACCCUUGAAAUUCAGUUCAUUUGUUGUUAGUGGCAACAUUGGAAAUUUAGACAGUUCUUCUGUAGAAGUUCAUUAUUUAGAGAUGAUGAAGACUUUCCUUCUCACUUGGAGUUUCUGAUGAGACACUUUGGGAAAUAAUGAAUUUGAAAGAUUCACAUUUCAUACCUAACCUCCUCUAUGUACAGGGAAUGCUAUGGAGGCCUCAGGAAGCCCCAUGGGCUCACCAAUCCUGUGUGAGAUUUGUUGGUGGCAGAGUUGAGACCAAGGCCAGGUUCCCAGAUCUCAAGGGCAGGCCUCUUUCUACUAAUCUACUAAUUUCCACAAAAUCUGAGACAGAGGUCCUAGCUUCUGGUUUCUCAGACCGAGAGCUUUAUUAUUCAGGUCAAAGUCAGGGCGAUCCUCAAUGCCAUUAUGACAUCAGCUCCCUGGUGGCAGAGUUCCUACUUUUUGUCCUGGUAUCUGGGCUUCUGAUGCCUGCUCCCAGAUGUCUCAGGGCCAAAAAGCCCAGGUAUGGGUCACAAGAUGGUGGCUUGGUCCAGAGUUUCGUAUUUUUUUUUAAAUGUAUAUGUGAUACACACACAUAUAACCGCAUGUAUUAAUGUAUACAAUUUGAUGAA